GUUGCAUUAGGGGUGCGCUAGAAACCUUCUGGGGCACCGAAAUUAAUAACCACAUAUUUUAUUUUUAAGCAGAAGAAAUGUUAGUGUAGCCCGCUAACAUUAAACACCAGUGCAGUAUUAAUUUUGACGCAAGCGGAUUAAACACAACAGUCUAAUAUGCGCAAAAAGUGUGCAUCAUUGAAACCUAUGAGAGGACCUGAGGUUCCCAUCCGGAGUGUGUUCUCCUUUAAAUCCUGCUGAGCACAAGCCAGGCAGAGAUAACCAGACAGCAGAGGACGGCCAGCCGCAGCAGCGAGCACGAUGGACCGAUAAACUGAUGAUCAGAUUCAUUUGCCACUGAAAUGGAUAUGAUACCAAAAUUCUCUUCAAAGGACGAGGAAAUUGACUUCUGGAAGGCUCUUUCUCUCAAGUACAAGAAAGGCUGUGAGGAGGCUCAGGAGGAGCUGCUGGAGUUCCAGGAGGGGAGCCGAGAACUAGAGGCUGAGCUGGAAACUCAGCUGGGCCAGGCUGAGAAUCGCAUCAAAGACCUGCAGUCUGAAAACCGCAGACUUAAACAUGAGGUUGAAACACUCAAGGAGAAACUGGAGCAUCAGUACUCCCAGAGCUACAAGCAGAUCUCCGUUCUGGAGGACGACCUUGGACAAACACGCAGCAUCAAGGAGCAGCUCCACAAAUAUGUCAGAGAGCUUGAGCAGUCCAACGAUGACUUGGAGAGAGCAAAGAGGGCCACCAUUGUGUCUCUGGAGAACUUUGAGCAGCGUCUGAACCAGGCCAUUGAGAGGAACGCCUUCCUGGAGAGCGAGCUGGAUGAGAAGGAGUCUCUUCUGGUCUCAGUGCAACGAUUAAAGGAUGAAGCCAGAGAUUUGCGUCAAGAGCUGGCGGUGCGUGAGCGGCAGUCCGAUGUGAGCAGGAUGUCUGCUCCGAGCUCGCCCACACAGGACGACGUGAAGAUGGACUCUGCUGUCUCUGUCUCUCUCCCCGCUACCCCCCUGAGCAAAGGUCUGGACAACGCCUUCACCAGCCAGACAGUGUUGUCUGCUGGCUACGGCAGCAACUGUCCUCUGACUCCUUCUGCCAGAAUCUCAGCUCUGAACAUAGUCAAUGAUUUACUCCAGAAGGUUGGGGCUCUGGAGUCCAAGCUCGCUGCCUGCAAGAACUUUGCCAGGGAGCAGAAAUCCCGGAAGGCGUACGCUCUUGACAACAGCAACGUGCUGAACGCAAACACAGCUGGCUACUCGCAAGCGCUCCAUACGUCCUAUUUCAACAAAGCCAGGACCAUGAGUGGGCUGAAGGUCAUCACCGCCCCUCCGGCCUCCUCUCCUGGUCCGGUUCCCCUCGCUGUGUGACCCGGUUUUGUCAUUCUGCUCAGAAGCAAAGAGGGAACACAAAACUGUACAUCUUAAGCAUCUUCUGUGUCCUCCUCUGACACCAUCUGUUGUUCUGACCCCACUCCUGCUGCAUCACCAGUCGUUUGUUUUCUAGAUGUUUCUGUAUCAGCUGUUUGCUCUCCGGUGUUAAAAGCCGUUCUGCUCGUGCUUUAUUCAAGAUUUCACCUGAAUUGUCUUGCCCCAAAGGGGAUUAAAUAUGCAACUAGUGUUGGAAGUUUUGAUGAAACUGUCAGAAGUAAAAAUGCUUUUUUUUAGGUCUUUUCUCACAUUUUUGUUUAGCUUUAACAUCAGAUUAAAUAUCCUGUUUUUUGCAGAGUGGAAGGGCAAAUAAAAACAGGCUUUUUAGAUGUUGGUGAAGUGUUGAAUAUUCUGCAGAGCCUCACAAGUGAAUAUUUAAACAACCUGGUUUUAGAUGAGUUUGACUUUUCACUGUUACCGUGUGACUCUAGAAACCGAUUUCAAUGGUGUUGGGAAAGUCUCUGUAGCAACAAUUUGGUUUCUGAACUGUGUGACAAAGAUUUUAUGGGUCAUAUUGAUCAAUUUGUUAUUAAUGUUCACACCUGUUGACCAUCAAGCUACUAUUUAGCUGAACUUUCUAAAUGUGUUACCAAUUAUUACAACUUCAUUCCUCAAUUGUAUUGAGUCACAUCUUUUUGUUAUUUUAAGUGCAAUAUGAAUUAUUGUUUGUUUUGUUUAUGUCUUUAUUGCAUGCACCAAUAAAAGAUGUGAUUGAAGUCUU